ACCGCUGUGCUUUUAAUCGUUGAUCAUGUGGCGUCACUCUGAUUUGGUGACCCAGCUCCUCCCCCUCUAGGUCGAUUUUGUCCGUCAGUAUUUAGUCCAGGCUGAACUGUGGGAAGUUACAUCCACGCUUUGGUGUAACGUCGUUCAUUCGUUACCAUACAUACUCACCAUCGACCAAUUAUUGUUGGUGGUAAUUGACUUCCCUCUUCUGUCAGCAGUCGAGGUAAAUCUAGAUGAAAACUCAAACUAGUUUCUUCAUGUCAGCAGAGGUAUGAGCCAUUUGACGAGAUGGCGUCUUGCCAUCAGUUGAUCCUCGCGUUGGUCCAGCUGUGUUUGUUGGUGUUAUUCGUCAACUGCAGAACUUUAAAUAAGUGCUCAGAUGGAAAUCUAUGCUCGGAUCGUCCCCCUGUUGUUCUGGUUCCAGGAGACCUCGGGAACCAGCUGGAGGCUAAACUGGACAAACCCAGUGUGGUACACUACAUCUGCUACAAGAAGACGGAGGAGUACUUCACAGUGUGGCUCAACCUUGAGCUGCUUGUUCCAGUGGCCAUCGACUGCUGGAUAGAUAACGUUAGGCUUAUAUACAACCGCACUACAAGGAGCACAGAGGCCCCACCAGGAGUGGACAUCAGAAUGCCUGGAUUUGGACAGACCUAUAGCCUGGAAUACCUGGAUCCUAGCAAACGCAGCGUCGGUAUGUACUUUUUCACCAUAGUGCAGGCACUGGUGGACUGGGGCUACACUAGAGACGCUGACGUGCGAGGAGCCCCUUACGAUUGGCGGAAGGCUCCAAAUGAGAACAAAGCCUACUUUUUGGCUCUGCAGAAGAUGAUAGAGGAGAUGGCGGAAAAGUACGGUGGCCCAGUUGUCCUCAUUGCUCACAGCAUGGGAAAUAUGUACACGCUCUACUUUCUCAACCAGCAACCGCAAGCAUGGAAAGACAAAUACAUCAAAGCCUUUGUGUCUUUGGGUCCACCAUGGGCUGGUGUGGCCAAAACGCUCAGGGUCGUAGCCACUGGUGAUAAUAACCGCAUCCCAUUGAUCAGCCCACUGAAAAUUCGCUCGCAGCAACGCUCGGCUGUCUCCACCACGUGGCUGUUCCCCUACGCCCACACCUGGCCGUCCGACAUGGUCCUGGUCUCGACGCCAGAAGCCAACUACACGGUACGCGACUACAAACGUUUUUUCACAGACAUAGACUUCGAGGACGGCUGGGAGAUGAGGCAGGACACGGAGCCCCUGGUGAAGGCGCUUGAGGCGCCGGGGGUGCCCGUUCACUGUUUGUACGGCACCGGGAUCCCAACGCCGCAAAGCUUCAGCUACACGUCGUUCCCCAACGGAGAACCCACCGUCUUUAACGGAGACGGGGACGGGACUGUCAACCUCCUGAGCGCGGUGCAGUGCAAACGCUGGAUCGGCCAACAGAAGCAGCCGGUCCGCCUGAAGGAACUGCCCGGGACCGAACACGUGGCCAUGCUCCUCAACUACACCACCGUUGAAUACAUCAAAUCCGUGCUGUUCUCCCCCUGACGGCGUGCGCUUUCAGAAGCAUGAAGUGCUGGAAAUUUUUUGUUCCCGUUUUACGCGUGUGCAGGGAAUAUCUGUGGUUGAGAAUUCUGUGUUACAAAGGGGGAUGGUGUUUAAUUCUGUUUCAGUUACAGAAUGUCCCCUCUAAAGUGAAAGCCUGUCCACUUGUACACUGGUUCAGCUAGACGGCAGUGUGGUUAUCAGUGGCCUGGAUUGUGAAUGAAAGCUGAAAAGUGCUAAAAAGUGCCAGUGCACAGUGAACCACCUCGUCCAAUCUUAUGUACAAUCAAAAUAUCAAAGUGUCAUUUAAUAUUUUAAAAAUGUUAUUUAUUUAUUUCUUUUUUUUUUUUCAUUGCCCAUAUAUUUUUACCUAGAGAUUUUAGAUGGAAAAGAUGGAGAUUUAGAUGGAGAUUUUACUUGUGCCAUGUGAUGAGCGGUUUUAUCACCUAACACAUGUUGCAUGUUGGUUUAAUCUACAAAAUGGUUGUCCUCAUUUUAUUUCUGAGAGAUUAUUGUUUUCUUAAUUACAGUGGGUUUAUUGUGCCUGAUCUUGAUGUUUUCUAAUUUAUGUUAAAAAUCCACUUUGAAGGUGACUCUAAAUGAGACAAAAUUUUUAUUUUUCCUGGUCCUUUUUUUCUAUGAAUUAUAUUUAGUGGUUGUAACAUUGAUGUUUGACACAGAAGUCAACUGAUUGGAAUGUUUUCGUUUUAAACAACUCAAUGAUGUUGUGAGGAUUUAGAUUUACCAGUAUUGAUUCUGUUUUAUGUAUUUGUUCUACCAAGGGGCCUUCCUUUUACGACAGGAGGAAUGAUAUGAAUUUGAGGGAAACUUGAGUGAUUGUGUGUUGUGUUGAACACAGUUCUUGGGCUGAACUUUAAUGGGUGUCUGACCUCCUGCAUAGUUAUUUAAAAUUACGAUUGUGCCAUGGCCCUGAGAAAACCAAAAAAAAAAAGCAACAACAAAAAGAACUGAUCAGUGUGUUGUUCAUACGUGCCGACUUUUGAAUACAAUGAGAAAUAUUGUGUUAA